AUGGCCCCCGCCCGCCGCCCCGCCGGGGCCCGCCUGCUCCUCGUCUACGCGGGCCUGCUGGCCGCCGCCGCGGGCUUCGGCUCCCCGGAGCCCGGAGAGCCCGCCGAGAGCCGCGCCCGCCGGGAGCCGCGGCCCGGGAACGAGCUGCCCGCGGAGAACCGCGCGGGGCCGCCCGCCCGCCCGCCGGAGCCCAUGGCCGAGGGCGCCCGGCCCGUCGACCCCCGAGACGCCUGGAUGCUGUUCGUCAGGCAGAGUGACCGCGGCGUCAACGGCAAGAGGGGGGGCAGAGGCAAGGCCAAGAGACUGAAGCUUGGUCUGCCUGGGCCCCCAGGGCCCCCCGGUCCCCAGGGCCCGCCUGGCCCCAUCAUCCCACCUGAAGUGCUGCUGAAGGAGUUCCAGCUUCUGCUGAAAGGCGCGGUGCGGCAGCGUGAGCGCGCGGAGCCGGAGCCCUGCACGGGCGGCCCCGCGGCGGGCGCGGCCACCCCCCGGGAGGACGAGGAGGAGGCGGCCGGGGACGCGGGCGUGCUGGCCCUGCUGGCCGCGCCCCUGGCCCCGGGCCCGCGGGCGCCGCGCGUCGAGGCCGCCUUCCACGGCCGCCUGCGCCGGGACGUGUCGGUGGAGCGGCGCGCGCUGCACGAGCUCGGCGGCUACUACCUGCCCGACGCCGAGGGCGCCUUCCGCCGCGGCCCCGGCCUGAACCUGACCAGCGGCCAGUACACGGCGCCCGUCGCCGGCUUCUACGCGCUCGCCGCCACGCUGCACGCGGCGCUCGCCGAUCAGCCCCGGCGGGGACCGCCGCGCCCACGGGACCGCCUGCGCCUGCUCAUCUGCAUCCAGUCCCGGUGCCAACGCAACGCCUCCCUGGAGGCGGUCAUGGGCCUGGAGAGUAGCAGCGAGCUCUUCACCAUCUCGGUAAACGGUGUUCUGUACCUGCAGCAGGGGCAGUACGCCUCCGUCUUCCUGGACAACGCCAGCGGCUCCUCCCUCACGGUGCGCAGCGGCUCCCACUUCAGCGCCGUCCUCCUUGGCGUGUGAGCGGCCGCGGCGGGCCCUUGCUCGUGCCCGGCCCACAGAAGCGGGGUCCGAACAGUCUCCGGGCGGCGUUGGCGUGGCUGCCGGGGGAGGGGGCACGCGCAGGAGGAAGCCCGCUGGGACUGCCCGCGUGGGCACCACAGCUCAGCCCAGCGACGGCCCAGCCACCGGCAGCCCAGGGAGGGGACGUGCCAACUGGCACCAGCAGUGACCUCCGGAGGCCUUUCAAGAUCAGGAGGGCCCUGUUGGGCUGCUAUUUGGCAAAUGUUUCUAGCGCGACUCCGCGCCCAGGAGUACUUGCUUCGUCUCGGGGAAGCACGGUCCCAAGUUCACCUCGGUGCCGUAGCUGUGAUGGACCGGGAGGCGAGGCGGGGGGUCCUGUGAGGAGACACAGCUGUCCACCUGUAGCGCGUUUCUUCCACGGUGUCGCUGAGAAAGUUACACGGCAGCCCUGGGCAGGGCGGCCGCAGGGACGUGGUGCCGCAGGUGUGCGGGGGGCCGUGCGUUCGGGCCUGCAGAGGAGUGGGCGGCGGCUGCAGUCACUGGAACCAUCUGCUGGCUUCAGGAUGGGGACGGUCCCAUGUCUGACGGAGCUCCCAGGGCACACAGCUCGCAUCCCCUCUCGGAACCCCAGCACCUCCCUCCCGCGGGGACUGGGGGUGGGGCCCGGGCACGGUAGCCGUGAACCAGUCACUCGCUGCCCUUGGCAGGCCUGGUGCGAUUCUCAGUAGGACUCGUACCCACCCUACCAGGAAGGGCCGCUGCCCUGGGUCCCGCCUCGAGUCACUGUUUGAUAAGGGCCGCUGCGGCCACACCCUUCUCUGGAUUUCCCUCUGCGUCCGGCGGGCACGGGUGUUUUAGAGAAGUUAGCUUUUAUCCUGGAAACUUCCAUCCUCUCAGUCUAGUGUAUUACACAGCUGUCUGCUGAAGUAUUUAUUGUAUGAUGACGUAUUUAUAUAAAUAACUGACUUCA